GAUCAUUGAUCCACUGCAGGACUGUGUGUGAGAGUGUCAGCGGGGGGUGUAAAUUAUGGGCUCCUGUUGUCACAGUGCCUGCUCUGCAUUGGACAUUUCACCUCGCCACAGUAAAUUAAAAAAGCGAAAUAACAUUUAGCUGGCAUCUGCACCACCAAGCAAGUGCAGCCCGCUGUGGCAGCUCGGUCCCUUUGCAGAUUACUCAGUAAAACCUGCAAGUCUUUGGAAGUAAAAACGGACUACAGGGGGGAAGCCGACAUCCUAAUUUGAUUGCGAACUCUUUCUCCCGAGAGAGGAUUUAAGAAAAGAAAAAAACUAAUCUGGGCGUUUUGGAGUCGCUGGUUUGGUUACACGGUGAUGCUCCGGCGAGGCGAAGCAACGGGAAGAGACAGAAUCCAAGAGAAGCGAGCGAAGAGAGGGCGAGUGGGCGACUGGCACCUGCUCCACCUGACCCAUCUGGUGCGUGCAUGUAUUUUGCUGCCAUGGCAACCAUGGGUCCUCUACUCACAUUUUUUCUCCUGCUGCUUCAUCUGGCUGAUGGCUCAUUCCCAGAGGAGCCCAGUCCACUCAGCUACGUCCCUCUGGAGGUGGUAAGGAGGUACCCAGUCUUCCUGGGUAGAGCUCACCGUUCAGCACAAAGACAGGAGCUGCACAUCCAGACGGUUCUCCAAGUCAACCGCACACUCUACAUAGGAGCCAGAGAUGAUUUAUACCGAGUGGAACUGGACAACAUGGCAGGUGAUGAGAUGUUCUACAGCAAGAAAAGGACAUGGGAUUCAAACAAAAACGACAUUCGAGUCUGCCGAAUGAAGGGCAAACAUGAGGGUGAAUGCCGUAAUUUCGUCAAGGUUCUGCUCCAGCACCAUGGAGGCCUCUUUGUAUGCGGAACAAACGCCUUCAAUCCGCUGUGUGCAAACUACACCAGAGAUACUCUAGAAAUGGUGGGAGAGCCUGUGAGCGGGAUGGCACGUUGCCCGUAUGAUCCACGGCAUGCCAAUGUGGCUUUAUUUGCAGAUGGAAGUCUUUUCACUGGCACCGUGACAGACUUCCUCGCCAUCGAUGCCGUGAUCUAUCGCAGCCUCGGCGACAGCCCCGCUCUCCGCACGGUCAAACACGACUCCAAAUGGUUCCGAGAGCCCUACUUUGUGAGCGCCAUGGAGUGGGGGUCUCAUAUUUAUUUCUUCUUCAGAGAAAUGGCCAUGGAGUUUCACCAUCUAGAAAAGGUAAUGGUGUCCCGUGUGGCUCGUGUGUGUAAAUCUGACCUCGGCGGCUCACAGCGCGUCCUUGAGAAACAGUGGACCACCUUCUUGAAAGCUCGGCUCAAUUGUUCCGUCCCGGGAGACUCGCACUUCUACUUUAACCUCCUCCACGCCACAAGCGGUAUCAUCCGUAUGCAGGGGCGUGAUGUCAUCUUGGGCCUUUUUUCCACGCCACCAAACAGCAUUCCCGGUUCUGCCGUGUGCGUGUUUGACAUGCAGCAGCUCGCUCAAGCCUUUGAGGGACGCUUCAAGGAACAGAAGUCCCCAGAGUCCAUUUGGACUCCGGUAGCAGAAGAGGCAGUGCCUAAACCCAGACCUGGAGGGUGCGCUGUCCAAGGGUCCCGAUUUAGUUCCUCGACUACGCUACCGGACGAAGUGUUAAACUUUGUGAAAACGCACCCUUUGAUGGAUGAAACAGUACCAUUGCUGGGCCACAGACCCUGGGUGGUCAAGACUAUGGGACGGUACCAGCUGACAGCUAUGGUGGUGGACACAGAAGCGGGGCCCUAUAGGAACCGCACAGUUUUGUUCCUUGGCUCAACCCGAGGGACAAUUCUCAAGUUUCUAAUGAUUCCCAGUGGGGAUUCAAUGUCACAUAGUAGCGUGUUCUUGGAGGAGGUAGAGGGUUUCAACCCUGAGAGAUGUGGCGAAGACUCGCCUCAGGCCCGCCAGCUCUUGUCAUUGACAUUGGACCGCACCAGCCACACCCUGCUGUUGGCUUUCCCAUCCUGCCUCGUCCGUGUGCCAACAUCUCGUUGCCACUUGUACUCCCGCUGCAUGAAGAGUUGCCUAGCCUCCAGGGACCCGUACUGUGGCUGGACUAGAGGCAGCACCUGCUCCUUCCUUCGACCAGGAACCAGGCUCCCAUUUAAACAAGAUGUAGAGUAUGGAAACACCACCUCCCAUUUAGGAGACUGUGAUGGUAUCCUCCAGCAGAGUCUUCUCAUUGAACCAGAGAGUCUGGUCUCCCUCAAUCUCCUCGUGGCUUCGGCGGUGUCCGCCUUCACCAUCGGGGCGGCGCUCUCGGGCCUCGCCGUCUGUUGGAUCAUGGCCCACAAGCCCAGCAACCGUCGCCAUGGCAACACCACUCAGUCGUCUAUCCAGCGGCGUGAAAGAGGCCUAUUAAGUAAUGCGGGCGGAAUGGGAGGCUCUGUACUCAGCGUGACGCGGCAGGGAGGCGGAGAGCGCACCUGCACUCAAGGCGGGGAGACCCUCUUUGUGAUGCCCAACGGCUGGGUCAAGUCUGGGGAGCUCGACCCCGGUUUUCUUCCCACCCCUGAGCACACGCCCCAGCAAAAACGAAGAGGCCUGCGGCUCUCUGAUUCCAACUCCGGAGGAUGGGACACCAGCCAGACCUACUUGGGGGGAGGCUCUGUAGGUCUCGGCUCCCCCUGCCGAAUGCCCCCCUCGGUUUACCUGACCACACGACUGUUCCAGCAGGGGGCAGGCGGCCGGCACGGCGGUGAGGGAAGGGGGAGUGACACCCCCCGACAGCACUACGUCUGCUUGAGCAGGCAAGAAAAAGGAGGGAAAGGGACACCCAAAGCCCCCUUAAGGAAGUCGGCGGGUGAAUACGUGUACCCCAUGACGCCCCAGGAUUCGCCUGAGCGUCGAAGGGUGGUCUCGGCGCCCAGCGCGCCAGCUGAAUGCAGCGAACCACUUCCUUUGCGGUGGCCGGCCCCAGAAGGCUACAUCCUCAGCAGCCACGCCAUGGUGCCCGUCCCCUUGCCCCCUCCUUCCAUGCCUGCCCCCAUCGGUCAAACAUACAUGUCCCAACAGCACACCCCCGCGCUCACAAGGGCCCUGCUGAGAGGGGCUUUGGAGCGAGGAGAGCUGGGGGAGUUGGUGGACCUCAGCCAGCUGAUGAGUAAGAAGAACUGCAAUGACAGGACUCAGGCUGGCCAGUGACAAUUGAGGAAAUAAAGGGCCGCAUGGGCACCUUUCCAUAGACUUGUCUUAAGCCUCAUCCACUCCAACCCUCUCUUGUCUGUGGACCUUUUUUGUGCAUUGUCAUUCAAGCCCUCUGUCUCAGGCAAUCCCCUUUCCCCACCCUUCAUUACCCAACUGCAAGCCUCCCAACUGGCUGCUGCGCCUGCCAAUCUUUUGCUGGCGAGCACUAAUUGGUCAGAUGGACGGAGGUUGUUGCUGUGUCUGCAUUGCAGAGCUGCCUCGCCUGCCAAACGCUCUCCGCGGCUGCAGACAGAGGGCACAAGAAAGGGAGAAAAGAAGGAAGGAAGGCACUUGGACACUUCGUGCAUGCAGGUGAAGCAAAUACUGGGAUGCUACACAGAAAAAUUAAAUGGACAAAAGUCUUGGGACACACAUCAUUGUUCAAUCAGUUUGAUAAAAGUUGUUCCCUCAAUCUUUGACUACCCAUUGCACAAAUGCAUUCAUUGCAUUGCCCUUGAGUGUGGACUUACCUUACAAAAUAAUACCUCACCAUAAUCAAGUUGCAGUUAUAGAAAACAAUACUAGACAAAAACACAAUACAACAGCAUCGAACUAUGCCAUUAUUUGGAUCAGAUAACAAUAAUUAAUCUAAUUAUGAAUGACAAACCCCUAAAAAAUUAAUUUGAUGAAAACCUUCAUAAGUUCCCAGCACAGAUGUUCAUUUUCAAAUAUAUUCAUGUGGGCAGACACGCUGUGCGAAUUAAACAGGUUUUGCUCUGGUCAAACAAUAAAAGGACUGAAAAACACUAGUGGUUAUGUUCACCAUCCAGCAGGCCCUCCAAGGAUGAAUUUGAAAUCUGAUUGCUUAAAGAAACAGUCACAUUGCUGAUGUCGUUGAUGUUACAUGGACCUGCAUUGUUGAUUCUGAAGGGCUUGAGCAAAUACACAUGUAUAUUAACAUGGCAGCACAUCUGAUUGGACAGAAAAUGUAACAUCCACAUAUGCGCAUGUGCUAUAAGCAGCACAGUCAAAUGAAGGAGGGCAGGAAAGACUAGACUAUGACAGACCAGGGUGAGGGUGAUAUUUUAACUGUCUGUCAUUAGCAAUGAUAUACGAUCUAUCCUGGACAUCUAUUGGUGUCAAUGCCAGCCCAAGAGUUAAUAUGAUUUAAUGGCACUAAUAUUAGAGUUUUGGUUUUAAGCGAAGCUUGACACGACAGACUCUAGCAAUGAACAGUUGUCCCAAUUCUUUUAGCCAUUUUAUGUUUUACUAAUACGGAUGGACCUUUGACUAAAUUAUACACCUUGAUGACUCAUCACAAGCCAGAAACUAAAGUUAUUGCUGACUGUAUAAUAGGAAGCCAAAGAAGAAGCUGCAUCUGCUUCCUCUUUCGCUGCAUUUUUACAUUCAAGUCGUGACUGUGGUUAUUUAGUGUUCAAUGUAUACGUGCAACACGACAUGUGUGUUAAAUGCCUCUGAUAGUCCGGGCUCCUUCAUAGCGAUGCAGGAUCAUAAUUCUUUGGAGAGAGGAGAAGAGGACUGAAAUGUCAGCACUAUUCCUGCCAGCCGCAUGCUCCCAGUAAUGAUGUUGUCGGCAUCUCAGUCGCCCAUUUCUCUUUUCAUCCCCUCCACUCCAUGUUCUACUUAAUGACCAAUAAUUCCACAAGGAUGUUUGGAAAGGUUUGCACCAAAACGCUAGACUGAGCAAAACGGCAGACUGGAACAAAGGUGUAAUUGAUCAAAGUGGGAAUGCCCUGUCUUUUUCCACACAUUCAUUCAUGCCACAUUACGGAAAACAAUCCAGCUCUAAUGGGUAAGAAUUUCCCUGGAAAGCCCACAGAGGGUCAAGGUCUCACAGUCGUGAUGCAGAACAAAGUGACAGUUACACAGGCAGUGAUGGAAACUCCAAUGCCAAAAGGGGUAAUGGAAAUGCCCCAAGCAGGCAAAUGGAGCCAUAAAUUCUAUACCAUCAAAGUGUCGAGUCUCAUGAAAGAGUCAGCAUUUAUAUCAGCACAGCAUUGAGAUGAAUGCUGUGCAAAGAGAUAAACAUGAGAUAAGCAAAAGCUGUGUAAAAAAAUCCUUUGAUAAUGCAGCUUUACUUUAGCUCAAAUUAAUGUGCGCACCAACACUAAGGUUUAUUUGCACCUGUACAUAUAAGGUUCAAUAAAAACUUGAAAGCAAAUAAUAAAAUAUAAUUUCAAUAUAGCUAUGAAUGUAAAAUUAUAACACUAACCCGUUAAGUACGCCAAAGCUGCAAUUUACUUGUUAGAAACCCCUCUAAAAUUAAGAUUUCAACAUUUCACCGGUCCCUUAAAGGGAAAGAUAACGCGAAGUAUAAAUGACUUUAAUGUGAAAGACGCUUGCUCCAAGUAUAUAAGUACGUAAACCACAAAUUUCUUAGGCCUUUUGAUCAAAGAGAAAAUGUUUAAGCACCAAAAAUGAUACCGCUAAUGGGUGCAGCCAUUUUUAUAUGUCAGUUAUACCCAUCCAAAUACCAACUGAAAGACUCGCGCACAGAUGCACGUGAUAAUGGGUAAUUAUUACACCACAAGAGAGGGCGGGAAAUGUGCGAUACUUACACUUGAUUGGUUGAAAUAGUACCAGCAUUGAUCAAAUGUCUGCCCCCGUUUAUGACGGACUAUGUGGGCACUACACUGUAUGAAAAAAAUAAAUAAAGGGAACACUCCAUUAGGUUUCUUGUCAAGCGCAUGGAGAAUAUACAGUGGUAUGAAAAAGUAUCUGAAUCUUUUGGAAUUUCUCAUAUUUCAAAUCACCAUCAAAUAUGAUCUGAUCUUUGUCAAAAUCACACAGAUGUAAAAACAGUGUCUGCUUUAAGUAAAACCACCCAAACAUUUAUAGGUUUUCAUAUUUUAAUGAGAAUAGCAUGCAAACAAUGACAGAAGGGGGAAAAAUAAGCAAGUGACCCCUCUGCCUUUGGAGACUUAAAGAGCAAUUGAAACCAAUUUUUACCAAACAAUUUAAGUCAGGUGCGGUUCAGUCACUAAUGAGUGGUUUGAAGUAAGAAUUUCAAAAAGGUUAAAAGUAAAAUUGUCUUGAUGAGAAGCUUUGUCUGAUGUGCAUCAUGGCUCGGUCAAAAGAGCUGUCUGAAGACCUGCGAUCAUGGAUUGUUGAUUUGUAUAAAGCUGGGAAAGAAUACAAAACCAUCUCUAAAAGUCUGGAUGUUCCUCAAUCGACAAUCAGACAAGUUGUCUACAAAUGGAGAGAGUUUUGCACUAUUGCUUCUCUUUCAAGGAGUGGCCGUCCACCAAAGAUGACGCCAAGAGUUCAGCACAGAAUACUCAGCGAGGUAAAAAAAAAAAAAAAACUAGAGUGUCUGCUAAAGACUUACAGAAAUCAUUAGCACGGUCCAAUAUCGUUGUGCACACAUCAAUGGGAAGACUCCAUGGAGGAAGCCACUGCUGUCUCAAAAAAAAAUUGUUGCCCGUUUAUGUUCGCAAAAAGGCACUUGGACACGCCACAGAAAUUUGGGAAAAAUAUUUUGCGGACUGAUGAAACCAAAGUUGAUUUGUUUUGGAGUAACACACAACGUCAUGUGAAGAGGAAAAAUGGAACAGCUCACCAACAUCAACACCUCAUUCCCAAGGUGACGCAUAGUGGAGGGAGGAUCAUAAUUUCGGGCUCUUUUGCUGCUUUAGGGCCUGGACAUCUUGCAAUCAUUAAUGGAAGCAUGAAUUCAAAAGUUUAUCAGGGUAUUUUGCAGCACACCACAGCACCUAAGGCCGUCUGUCAGACACUUGAAGCUAAAAAGAGGAUGGACGGUGCAAUAAGACAAUGAUCCAAAACACAGAAGUAAAUCAACUUCAGAAUGGUUUCAGAAGAACAAAAUACAUGUUGUGGAGUGGCCAAGUCAAAGUCCAGACCGGAACUUCAUAAAGACAGCAAUUCAUGCCAGACAUCCCAGGAAUCUGACUGAUCUGGAGCUACAAGAGGCGUCUGGUUGAAGUUAUUGCUGCCAAACGGGUGUCCACAAAAUAUUAAAUGUGAUCGUUCACUUACUUAUAUGGCAUACUAUCCUAUAUAAAAUAUGAAAACCUAUAAAUGUCUGGGUGGUUUUAGUUAAAGCAGACAUUGUCUUUUCAUCUGUGUGAUUUUGACAAAGAGCAGAUUAAAUUUGAUGGGGAUUUUAUGCAGAAAUGUGAGUAAUUCCAAAAGGUUCAGGUACUUUUUCAUACCACUGUAAAAUAGUUAACCCAUUGGCUGCCAUUGACGGUGGAAGAUGAAAGAGUUGCUCUAAAAAUGAACUGUUUUUACAUUGACCACACAGUAACUUUGGCAUAUUACCACCUACAGCAUCUAUCGCCAUCAACGGCACUGAACCAUAAACAUUUGUUUAAACGGAUUUAACGUCAAUCGCUGACAAUGGCAGUGAAUGAGUUAACAGUAAAUGUGGAUUGAGCGUGUAAACUAACCUGAAUUAAUGACAGUGGCACAUUUGACUGUCCAACACAUUCCACACAUUUCAAUCCAGCAUUUCUAGGACAUAACGUACGGUAUCAUUACAAUCACAUAAUAGCCGACUUUCCAAGGGGUUUAAAAUUAACCUGGAAGGGAAAUCCCUGUGGAAAAUCUGUCAUCUCAUCAGGAACGUCUCUAGACAUAAACACCACCAAACCACAUUUGAAUUGUCUGCAGGAAAUCUACAAAAACAGAAGGAGUCGGUGGUCACAUUUUUUCUUUUUUUGGGUUCGUGGCCGACUUUUAUAUAAUUUUAUUUUCAAUGUUCUGUGAUCUCUGUGUUCCCUUUAUUUAUUUUCUCUUAACCAGUGUUUUAAGACACAUGACAGAAGGAGUGUCAGUAGGCUUUUGAUUAUACUGCAGUAAUUGAUUGAAAUGGACCUUUCAUGUCAUCUGUGUGCCAAAAUGUUCUCUUUCAUACGAGUGCUUUACUGACGCCUGUUUACAGAAGCAAAAAAACUUGUGUUCAAGUGCCAUGACGACCAUUUUAAUCCGCAGUGAACCCACUUUGGAUUAAAAUCGUAUUUAUUGCAGUAUCGUAUGUGGGUUAUCUGUAUGCCUUUGAACUUACAUGCUGAAUGUUGUUCUGUUAACAUAGGCUUUUACUGUUGAUGUGCAUCUGCAACGAUGCAGGAACAGUGCAUAAAGACCAUAAAGUACCAUAACUGUAUUGUCCUGUAAAUAUGUAUAGACAUUUUGUCAAUGCGCUUUACGAUUUUACAAAUGUCAUGAACAUGACACAAAUUGGGGAUACAAAAUGUACUGAUGAUGUAAAUGGACAGAAAUGCUGUGAGGGAGUGUAUGGCAGAUGUCUGAAUUAUCUUUCAUCAUGUUUUUUGUUGUUUUUUUUUGUUUUUAAUAAUCUAAUCUAGUAGUUUGCCAAUCAACUGCCGCACUGCAGGGGGGAAAGUUUUUAUUGGCAUUAUGCUGUGCAGUAAUAGAUAAGCACAAUGUCUCUAUUAUUUUUGUUUGUUUUUGCAUUCCGGGAACUGUAACAUUUGUCGAUAAUGUAAAUAAUCACCAUAUAUGUACAUGUUUUUUUGUGGGGGGUUGUAAGACAGUUCUUUCCUUAAACAAAGAGGAAUUCAAGUGUAAGGGUUUUAUUUUUGAUCACUUUUUUUCUUCCGUGCCAAUGCUGUGAAUAAGAUGUAUGUAAAAUAUUUACGUAACUUUGGCUGAACGCUGACUUCAGCUCUUUCCUGUUGUUAGAGUAGAGAUGCAGGCCUGAUCUCAGCCAGAACUGAGCCAUUUGCCUGCUUCUUGAGUUUUUGCAGUUGUUGAAAAUACUUCUGUGAUAAUAAUCCUUAAUCUUUGGAGUACUGCUAUUAAAUAUCACUUACUCCUAUAUUGCCGUGUGGGGUGCUGAAUGCACGCAUGUACAACACUUUGAUGAUCACAUUGAUGAUGACAGAUGUCAAAUCGUGCGGCUAUUUUCAUCUUUGUGUUGUGAAUUUAAAUGAGUUUAUCACCAGUAGACGCCCAACAGACGUCCAUCGCUUUCAAUGGCAGUCAGUAAAUUAAACUUC